GUGAGGCAGCAGGGCAAUGUCCGGUGACGUCAGAGCGUCUGGACGCCAUUAGCUCUGCAGCUGUUUGGAGAGAAACAACAACAACACGAACGAACGAGCCUCGCACAGAACGCGCUCUGGACCGCGGGAGCCCGACGCCUCUUUCCCCUCCCCGGGCUUCACCGGCUUCUAACCACGGCCGCUCUCGGUGAGGAAACUCUGGCCUCCGCUUCCUCCUCCUCCGACUCGGACACCGGCGGAGCGUCGCCGCCCCCGCGGAAGAAGCACCGAUCCUCGGCGGCGGAGGGAGUAGGAGAGCCCGGGGCUUUAGCGGGCCUUCCAUCAGCGACCCACCUCAGCCGAACCGGCACCAACAUGCAGUCGAACGGGACAGGACAGGAGCAGAACCACCCGGCCAGUAACGUUACGCAGAACGGAGAUGCCAACGGCCUCCAGAGCAACGCAGGCUCGGCUUCGGGGGCCUCCGGGACUGGUUCGGGUUCCCUGAAGAAGAAGAAGCGUCUUUCUCAGGCGGAGGAGGACGUGAUCCGCCUCAUCGGACAGCAUCUGAACGGGUUAGGGCUGAAUCAGACGGUGGAUUUGUUGAUGCAGGAAUCUGGCUGUAGACUGGAGCAUCCGUCAGCCACAAAAUUCCGGAACCACGUCAUGGAAGGUGAAUGGGACAAGGCUGAAAACGACCUCAACGAGCUGAAAGCAUUGAUGCAUUCACCCAACGCUAUUGUGCGGAUGAAGUUUCUGCUAUUACAGCAGAAGUAUCUGGAGUAUUUGGAGGACGGGAAGGUUCUGGAAGCUCUGCAGGUGUUGAGAGGAGAGUUGACUCCGCUCAAAUACAACACAGAUCGAAUCCACGUGCUCAGCGGGUAUCUGAUGUGCAGUCACCCUGAGGAUCUGAAGGCAAAGGCUGAAUGGGAGGGAAAAGGCGCUGGAUCACGAUGUAGAUUACUGGACAAACUCCAGACGUACCUGCCCCCCUCUGUAAUGUUGCCCCCUCGGAGGCUGCAGACGCUGCUCAGACAGGCCGUGGAAAUGCAGAGAGAUCGCUGCCUUUAUCACAACACCAAACUGGACUCCAGUCUGGACUCUGUGUCCUUACUGCUGGAUCACGUCUGCAGCAGGAAACAGUUUCCCUGUUACACUCAGCAGAUCCUCACAGAGCACUGCAAUGAAGUCUGGUUCUGCAAGUUCUCCAACGACGGCACUAAACUCGCCACCGGCUCGAAAGACACAACUGUGAUUAUCUGGCAGGUGGAGCCGGACUCACAUCAGCUGAAGCUAGUGCGGACUCUGGAGGGUCACGCAUACGGUGUGUCGUAUCUUGCCUGGAGUCCUGAUGAUGUUUACCUGAUCGCCUGCGGUCCUGAUGACUGCUCCGAACUCUGGCUUUGGAACGUUCAGACAGGAGAACUGCGGACAAAGAUGAGUCAGUCUCAUGAGGACAGCCUGACCAGCGUGGCCUGGAACCCUGACGGCAAGCGCUUCGUUACAGGAGGACAGAGAGGGCAGUUCUACCAGUGUGAUCUUGAAGGAAACCUGUUGGAGUCGUGGGAAGGCGUGCGUGUGCAGUGCCUGUGGUGUAUGUCCGACGGCCGGACUGUUCUCGCCUCUGAUACGCACCAGAGGAUCCGUGGAUACAGUUUCGAGGACCUAACGGACAGAAACAUAGUUCAGGAGGAUCAUCCUAUAAUGUCUUUCACUGUUUCUAAGAAUGGAAGAUUAGCUUUGUUAAAUGUAGCAACUCAGGGCGUUCAUCUCUGGGACCUACAGGACCGUGUGUUGGUCAGGAAGUAUCAGGGUGUGACACAGGGGUUCUACACCAUUCACUCCUGCUUCGGUGGACACAACGAGGAUUUCAUCGCUAGCGGCAGCGAAGAUCAUAAGGUAUAUAUUUGGCACAAGCGCAGCGAGCUGCCGAUCAUGGAGUUGACAGGACACACGCGCACAGUGAACUGUGUCAGCUGGAACCCCUGUAUUCCCAGUCUUAUGGCCAGCGCUUCUGACGACGGCACAGUCCGUAUCUGGGGACCCGCACCCUUCCUGGACGCACAAGAGCUGGACGGCCUCAAUGAGAGUUGCAGCAGUAUGGACAGUUGAUGGCAGCCCUGGAACAGAUGACUUCGCAAAUGCGAAAUCCAACAGAGAAAAACACGAUUACAGCAUUGUCCUCCUCCACAACGACGCACGAGUGCAAACGUGAAAGAGAUCCAGAGCCUGGCUUUCAAGAGUCCGGAGGCAGCAGAGACCUGACGCUGAUCCGACCCGCUUCCAUACCGACGGAUCUGAUCUCUUUCCCUCCACGGGAUUCCCGUGGCUAUUCCCAUUAUUACCCUUUCAUUAGGCCUGAAGACGAGAGCUGGAGCGCCCGGGCGGGUGUAUAAACCCACACUCCAUGUUCUUCUCUCUCGCUCGCUCUCGAUCCUCCAGCAGCAGAGGACGAAGCACUUUUAAAAAAAAAAAAAAAUACUAGUCCUAGCAAUUCUCUCUUUUGUUCCUUUAGCAGUUGAUCAGCUUGGGCUUUAGUGUUGAUGAUGGAGUGCUGUAGUUUUUCUGUAUAUUUUUUUUUUAAUCUUUCAGAACACAAUGCAUUGGUUUCAACCAGACUCCCACGUCAUGUGUCAGCAGGGGUCAGAGGUCACCGAGAGUUUGAGUGUUCGACUGAAUUCUGCUUCAGCAUCCCUCCUGUAGCACAGCCAUGUGUGUGUUUGUAUGUGAGUGUGUGAGUGUUCAAAUGUGCCUAAAGUUGGUGUACGUUCACAUGUGGCACACCAGCGUGAGUGUGUCCCUUGUUUAGCCAUACGAUUCAUUUUAACAGAAUCUGAUCGAAGCCCCAGAGACCUUCAUCUGUGGAACAAAAACUUGAGAACCAUUUUUUUUUUUUUAAAGAAAGCUGUUAGCAAAGUUCCUUGUUUUCACCACUUACCUUAGUGCUGGCGUUCGGGAGAGAGACUUUGUUAUAUUAGUACAAAAUUAAAUUGACUUUGAGCUUUAAACAGAAAGAUACUGUGACACUCAAACUGUCAAUCAGAUUUUCGGAGUUCUGUGGCGUAUAAAUGACCUAUGCAGCAACGUUUGAGCUGAGAGCCCCGUAUAAUGUUUCUUGCAGCAGCCAUACCAGCAUUAAAAUAAACCGUCUCUGACCGCACUACAUUUCAUCCUGUACGCUAGUUCAGUUCUGUCCACUCGGUCACGAUCCCUGAGCUGUUUACACCAAAUAUCCCGCUUUGAAUCCCAUUUUUGGAGAGAAAUAUUUGCUGUGGACUGAUAUUAAAUGUUUGAAAAGAAAUGCUUUUCUGCCUGUUUUUAUGGAAGUUUUUGUUACUUACUUUGGUUUACAAGAUUUCUUUUUUAUUUCGUUUUUUUUUUUGGUUGACUUUAUUCUCUGUAUCAUUAUAUUAAACUAUAACCAGAUAAAUUGUCUCCUCUUUUUUUUAACUUUUAUUUAAGCAUUAUUAGCAUUCUUUCCAUUUAAAAAAAAAAAUAAAAAAAAUAGUUGCAUUAACCAUAAUUUUAAUGACAUCUACAUAUGCUUUGCGCAGUUACAAGAUGGUGCUAAACGCCCCGGCCUUUGCCUCGCAGGUGGAAGUUCAAUCGGAAAUCCAAAGUAUCCAGAAAAACUUUUCUAAAAUUACGUCACUUUAUUAAAGAGACAUUUUUAUCCUCGCCAACUUGACAGCUUGUGGAAAUCAACAUAAAGCAAUUAUUUGAGAAGAUGAUUUUCCAGUUAUUACAGAUUUGUAAAUGGAUUUUGAUAUCGAAUGGCUUCGAAUUGGUCAGCAACAUCUGCCUGUUUUGGUUUUCAUUGAAUUUUGCCUGUUUACUUGAGGACCAUUUUGUGCCAUAAGCAAAAAAAAAAAAAAAGCGCAUAAAAUCUCAACAAUAAUUGGUCGCUGCUCGGACCAGGCUGAUGCUUGUGCACUGUGACACAUCUUUGCUGUUGAUUUAGCUGAUCUGAGAGCGGUUUCUUUGGCUAGUCCUCCUCGUUGUUUUAAAGAACUAAAACAAGCCUGCUCGUUACAGCAGUGGACGUAUUAUUAAUGCGUAUGAUGAUGGGGGUAGUAUUGUUACUCUUGUACUGUGGGCUCUGUGUACUCUACUAACCAUAUGCAAGAGGGUCUCUCUUCUCCAGCUAACUGCAGGUGUGUUGCUCUCAUGUUUGACUGUGAAUCAGUCGUGUGAGAGGUUUCCUUCAUGAUAACUGCAUCCAUUUGCAUUAAAUGUGUUCUUUCAAAAGUGAUUGUACUGUUUUGUAUUGUUGUGUAGGAGAUGUGUUAUGUAUGCAUAUUUUCAAUAAAGCAUUCAGGGUUUUGAAACAUAA